AUGAGUCUUUCUUCCGUCCUAAUAAAGGCAGCUGGCGCAUCGAAAUUGGAUUCUGAACUGGAUGCCUUGUUUCAGUCCAGCUCUGCUUCAAUACCCAAAGUGGUGACCCCCGUGGCUAAGUCCCCUCGUUCACCCUUGCCGCCUGGCGAAGAAUCUUCGAAGAAGCGAACCAAGUCAGAGGCCCACUCAAGCCAGCGAAAGAAGGCAAAGCUUCAGCAUGCCGAUCAGGUUGUAGGCACAGGCGUGCCCUCAACAGAUCAAGAAAAGGGAAAGGGAAAGGCGAAGAAGGUCAAAUUAGUAUUGCCUGAGGAAGCUGAGGAAGUCGCUGAGGUUCCUGUGCGUGGUGAGCAGGAUGUCUCAGAUGCAUCUUCAGAUGAAGCGGACGUACCACCUAUCCACGAAUCACUGCGGAAAGGGAAGAAAAAGACUAGGACUGCGCGCCAAGUUAUCCAUGUACCGCCAGAAGAAACGCCCACGAAACGCAAUAUGCGUACGAUAUUCAUUGGGAAUCUCCCUCUUGCCGUUGCGCAGAAGAAGUUACACCGAAAAGAGCUUCAACGGCAUAUCCUAUCAUUCGCCCCUUCUGCCCAUGUCGAGUCCAUUCGUUUCCGCUCCAUACCUUUCCAAACUCCCACCACAAAACUACUCGACGACGACUCAAAGCCCUCGAGUUCAACUCCAAAGAAAGCCCCAUCUGACUUAAAGCAACCUCGAGACCAUACCAAAGAUCGGACAACUGCUUGGCGAGACAGACAAGAUGACGAAGAACUGCAAAAAGACCAAAAGAAAUUCAUCACUCCGGAACAGAAGAAGAAAAUCGCGUUCAUCAACAAUGAUUUCCACUCGACUGCUGAUACCAUGAAUGCUUAUCUGGUCUUUGCUCAUCCCAUUCCUGAAAACAGUCGUUCAUCUUCUCUACCUGCCCUUCCCCCUUGCAUGGACCCAUACGAAGCUGCCCUCCUCGCGGCAAAAGAGGCUGACGGGACGACAUUCAUGGAGAGAAUAAUUAGAGUCGACGUCGCUGAGAAGAGUAGCAGUCCAUCGCUGCGUGAGACCAUGGGGGAUCCCAGGCUGUCCAUCUUUGUCGGCAAUCUGGACUUCGCCAGCACCGAGCAGGAUCUACGGGUGUAUUUUGAAGGUGUCGUAGCUACCGAGAGGGGACCUCCGCCUGAGAGUGACAAGGAAAGCACAUGGGUCACACGCGUUCGGAUUGUCCGAGAUAAAGAUACUCAACUAGGGAAGGGCUUUGCCUACGUGCAAUUCAUAGAUCGGGAAUGCGUGGACGAAUUGCUGUCGAUGGAAGAGGGUAAACUCAGGUUUGCUAAAAGAAAACUCCGCGUGCAGCGUUGCAAAGUGCUGCCAAACAAGUCAAACCCCUCAUCGUCAUCGAACGAGAAAGGUGUCAAAGGCAAUCGACCAAAACCAGAACCAAUUGUAAUCCCCAAGGGCGAUCCUUCACUGGGAGACAGGAUUGCGACACUGUCGAAGGAUGAACGCAAGAAAGUCAAGGCGUCCAGCACCGACCGUGUCGCACGUCGUUUAGCCAAAAAGAAAGCCAGAAACGCCCUCAGUGUUGGAGGCGUCAAGGUCGUUACGAAGGACCGGUCUAGAGUCAGGAAACCCAUGAAGAAUGGAGCGACCGACGAUAAAGACAAGAGACGGAAAGGCCGCAUACGAAGCGAUAAUGCCUUGGCUAAACGAAAUACCAAGAAAUAG